CUUACUGAUACUCAGCUGCUUCGCUUCAGGAGACGAAGGCGGGCAACAGGGAAGGGGCCUUUCCCAGUAGCGGAUUCAGUGGCUGGUGGGAAAGUGAAAGAUGUCAGCGUACAAUGUGUCUCUGACUGGCCCUGCACCUUGGGGCUUCAGGCUGCAAGGAGGGAAGGAUUUCAACAUGCCUCUGACCAUUUCCAGAGUAAGUCCAGGUAGCAAGGCGGCACUGGCAAACAUCAGCCAAGGAGAUACCAUCGUGGCCAUCGAUGGGGUCAGCACAGAGGGCAUGACCCACCUGGACUGCCAGAAUAAGAUCAAGUCAGCCACCUACUCACUGAACCUGAGCCUCCAGAAAUCAAGGCGCCCGGGUCCAGUUCCCACUGCUGGUCUGAGAAUGGAUUCUCCGAUGCCAGUGAUUCCUCAUCAGAAGGAGCGAGACCUGGAGACCAGCCCCAGCCACGUGAGCAGGAAGCAGACGUCAACUCCCGAGCACCGGCUCAGUACGAGAGCUCAGACCGCUGACAGCCCGCGUGCAGCCAAUGGGAUGUCCUGGGAUUGGCCCAACGCCAGGGACACCAGCUUGUCCUGCAGUCCACCGCUGACCGGAUCCUUCAGGCCAACACCUUCGGGGACCGCCUCGACAUUCUCACCAGCUGCUUCUCUGACCCCUGACCUCUCACCUCAAAGAGGGGCCAGCCUAUCGCAGGCAUCAGCAAGGGUGCCUGACGUACCUGGCGUGAAGUGUGUAACGCCCAACCUGAGGCAGCGAGGGCAGUACAACAGCCCCAUUGGUCUGUACUCUAAGGAGACCCUUGCGGAAAUGAUGAGGGCCACAGGCCGGGAAGAUGGCAGAGAGGGCAGGGCCUCCACAGGUGGAUUGCUGCAAGGGAACAUGAGGACAGGAAGCAGCGGAAUCGGAGAAUCGUUGCAGAACAGAAGGCCAUUCAGUCCAUCAGUGCUAGCCCCAAUUGUCAACACUACAGCCAAUAGUGAUUAUGUGGAGCGCUUCAACCCCAAUGUCCUGAAGGACUCUGUGCUGUCCACACACAAGCCCAUCGAAGUGAAGGGUCCCGGUGGAAAGGCCACCAUUAUCCACGCUCAGUAUAACACCCCCAUCAGCAUGUACUCUCAAGAUGCCAUCAUGGAUGCUAUUGCUGGCCAGGCCCACGCCAGGGGCAGUGAUCUAUCAAGUAAUCUACAUGUUAAAGAUGCUCUAGUCGACAGUACUUCUCCAGUCUACCAGGCUGUCGUUCGUAACACUACCAAGCCCCAACAGAGUCAACAGCAGGAACUGGAUGAGUGGACCCGCAGGGCUGCUAAUCUGCAGUCCAAAUCUUUCCGAGUCCUUGCUCAGAUGACUGGAACGGAAUUCUUGCAAGAUCCAGAUGAGGAUGCAAUGAAGAGAUCAAGGGAAAAGUUUGAACAUGAAGUAAAAGGUCCACGGUUUGCCAAAUUACGCAAUUGGCAUCAUGGUCUGUCUGCACAGAUCCUUAAUAUCAAAGAGUCAGAACCUGUUGCUCAUGAGUGUGCCCAGCUGUCCUUUCUCUGGCCCUCCGUGGGGAUCAGUGUCCAUGACACAGAAUUGGCUCCACCCGGAGACCUGUUGGACGCUGAGACUGAUCUAACGCUGUAUUUUUCCUUCUGUGCUCCGGCCAGUACGCCCAUUGAGCAUGCUCAGUCCGCCUGGUCAGCGCCCAGCUCUGCCCACCCCGCCAUGCCUCCUGCUCCGGCCAGCCAGCCCGCUGUCGCUAACCUGAUGACAUCGGACAUGUCACCGCCUGCCGCUGCCAAUCAGGAUCAUCCUGCUGCUCCCGCCUCACCUGCUCGGCAAAGGUAUCGGACGCGGUCUGAGACCCACCGUGGGAGCUCCUCAGGGUCUGAGACCCACCGUGGGAGCUCCUCAGGGUCUGAGACCCACCGCGGGAGCUCCCCAGGGUCUGACACCCACUGUGAGAUCCAAAGGUUCCCUGCACUGAUCUCCAAGCCUGCAGCUCUCCUCCCAGACGGAGGAGCCCCGACCUCCCCGGCAGGACCUCCAUCAGCCGCUGUGUCCAUGUGGAUGGUGCUUGGGCCGAUCCCAUUGGUGAUGCCUGCUCUGUGGAUGGAGCUGCCUGCCCUCCCAGGAGCCUGUGUGGUGGGCGUGAGGCCCAGAGGAUGGACUGGGCCCCUGGACUCUGACGUGACUGAAUGUGUAAAGCUCUGUGCUGUGGUGCACCGUGCUUUGGGCUUCAUGCACAGUGGCUUCCUGCUGCGGUGGCCCUCGCACCGUCACGCGUGGCCCAACGCACGUUUGCUGCAUGUUUGUUCUCCCAGUGCUGGUGGAGAUCGGAGCCAUGGCGUGUUGCUGACACCCAGUGGCAGAAACAAAUACUGCAGAGCAUUGCUGUCCAGAGCCUGGCCAGGCUGGUGUGUGUUUGACAUCAUCUGCAGUCCACCAGCUAAUCUGACUGACCGUCCCACCAGCAGAGCACAGCCCCCCAUUAUCCUGAAAAUCUGUAGGAAGGAGACUGAAGAGCAGAUUUUGAGCAAGUUGCCAGUGGUGCCCCUGAGCACAGCGGUGCCAAUCCAGGGGCUGGUGCCCCUGAGCACAGCGGUGCCAAUCCAGGGGCAGCUCAGGGCCAUGGUGCUGCAGUGUGAGAGCUUUAGAAGCAGCACCACAGCGGCCAGGCCAGUGGCUCCUCAAGCUUAUCCAGAAGCCUCAGAGCCCGCUUCCAAACCGAAGGUUGUCAGCACCGCGAGUAUCAGACCGGCUCCCUUCCAUCCACCCAAAGCCCCCCCAGCGCAGGUGCACAGCAGCACGGCAGCAUUUAACGUCGGUAAACCUGCUGCUGUUCCAGAAGCCAUGCAGGCAGCUGCCCCAACGUCGAGCAGCCGGCCACCCUGGAUAACGGAUGACAGCUUUGCCCAGAAGUUCCAGGCUGGGAAAAGCACCACCACGCUCACCAAGCACAUCCAACCCCUGCCACAUUCUGCACCCCCAAAGCCACCGGUGUCGACCCUGCCUCCAGCUCCGGCCCACGAGCCCACGCAUGUCCCGCUGCCAGGGCAGACAGCCGGAGGCAUCCGCAACCUGGUGCAGAGGGCUGAGCGAUUCCCGGCCAGCAGCCGAACUCCUCUGUGUGGACAGUGCAACAGUAUCAUCAGAGGUCCUUUCCUUGUGGCUUUGGGCCGUUCCUGGCACCCAGAAGAGUUUAACUGCACCUACUGCAAGACCUCACUGGUUGAUACUGGCUUUGUGGAGGAGCAGAACAAUAUUUACUGUGAGCGAUGCUACGAGCAGUUCUUUGCUCCAAAUUGUGCCAAGUGUAAUGCAAAGAUCAUGGGGGAAGUGAUGCAUGCCUUGCGACAGACCUGGCACACCACUUGCUUUGUCUGUGCUGCCUGUGGGAAAUCUUUUGGGAACAGUCUUUUCCACAUGGAAGAUGGAGAGCCCUACUGUGAAAAAGAUUAUAUUGCCCUCUUCAGCACUAAGUGCCACGGCUGUGACUUCCCUGUGGAGGCUGGAGACAAGUUCAUUGAAGCACUGGGAUAUACCUGGCAUGAUACCUGCUUCGUCUGUGCUGUGUGCCAUGUGAACCUCGAGGGCCAGCCAUUUUAUUCCAAAAAGGACAAGCCACUCUGCAAGAAGCAUGCUCACGCCAUUAAUGUUUAAACAUCAGGGACCAUCAAA